GGCUUGGUGAAACAGGAAGCGUGAGGUACCAUUUGUUUUGGAAAAACCAGCAUAGAGAUAUUUGUCUGGUAAGCCACGAUGGCCGAUUCAACAAUGGAGCAAAACAGUGACGAUUACAAGCUGAUAUUCGAGAAGGAAGGUGUGUACCUGCACACAAACGCCAAGAGGAGCAACCAGGACACUAGUAUCCCGGGGUUCAUACGUAUUGUGGAGCGGGCUGGCGUUCCAGCUUUAGAGUGGAGUCCCCUGGAGGAUGCGGGCCGCAGCGCGCCUGCUGUGCUUUACUCCAAAAAGGACGGCGAAGGAAGCGAGGAGGACACCAGGUUUGACCCCGGCUAUGAGCCAGACUGGGCGGUCAUCAGCACGGUGAAGAAAGAUCGGGAGCAUGUCUCCGUCAGAGAGUCAGGUCAGUGGUCGUUCUCGCUGCCCCUGUCGGAGCUCUACUCCUUGCGCAGGGCCCGUUUCUCCCUUGGCCGCAACUUCCUGGUGUUGACCAGCCGGGGGGGCCACCCCCUGCCCCCCUUGCACUUCCACCGAGGGGGCAGCCGGGAGCUUCUGCGCGCCCUCAGCCGCUACAUCAUCCUGGACCAGUCUCCGGUGGACGGGCGUCUCUUCCUGGCGUAUCCCCAAGACCCGGACGCUCUUUAUCAGUCCUUUGACAAGCUGCACCUUUUUGAUGAUGCAGGUGCCGAUCUGGUGUCGAGAUUUAUCCACGAUCCCUAUGCAACGACCUUCGGUGGCUUCUCCAAGGUCACCAACUUCUUCAGGGACGCCUUGCGGCCGCCCGACUCCCCCGCUGCCGGCAAUCCGAGCUCAGCCCCACACCUGGACGAGGAGCCCGGGUUUGAGCUCAUCACAUGCGGUGUGGAGCUCGGGCCCAAGCCGGUCGUCAGCAGGGGGCGACCUCUGGACCAGUGGGAGGUCUUCCUGGACCCUGAGGGGCGUGUCCAAGACCCCGAGCGCGUUAAAGAGCUCGUCUUCCGAGGGGGGAUCACACCGACACUCAGGAAGGAAGUAUGGAAGUUCCUGCUGGGCUUUUACCCGUGGAGCAGCACCCACAGCGAAAGAGAGGAGAUCCUCCGCCUUAAAACGGACGAGUACUUCCGCAUGAAGGUGCAGUGGAAGUCGGUCAGCGAGGAGCAGGAAAUGAGGAAUUCGCUCCUCAGGGGCUACCGCAAUCUGAUUGAGCGAGACGUGAACAGGACAGACCGGCACAACACCUUCUUCUCCGGUAACGACAACCCGGGCCUGGCGCUGCUCCACGACGUGCUCAUGACGUACUGCAUGUAUAACUUUGAUCUAGGCUACGUGCAGGGGAUGAGCGACCUCCUGUCGCCUCUGCUGUUUGUCACACAGAAUGAAGUGGAGUCGUUCUGGUGCCUCACCGGCUUCAUGGAGAUGGUGCACCACAACUUUGAGGAGUCCCAGGAGGCCAUGAAGCAGCAGCUCCUUCAACUCAGCGCCCUGUUGAAGGCUCUGGACCCGGAGCUCUGUGACUUCCUGGACUCCCAGGACAGCGGCUCGCUUUGUUUCUGUUUCCGCUGGCUGCUCAUCUGGUUCAAGAGGGAGUUCUCCUUUGACGACAUUCUCAUAUUGUGGGAGGUUCUGUGGACUCGUCUUCCCUGCGCCAACUUCCACCUUCUGAUCGCUUGCUCCAUCCUGCAGUCGCAGAGAGGCGAGCUGAUUGGCUCAGACCACGACUUCAACACUAUUCUCAAACACAUUAAUGAACUGACCAUGAAGUUAGACCUACAGAGCGCUCUGCGAGGAGCCGAAGCCAUCUACCUGCAAUUGCUCCAGUGCAAGGAUUUGCCCCUGAGGGUCCAGGAGGUUUUGGGUGUGUACGUGCCAUCCAGUUCCUCCUCCGACGACAACGAUGAGAGCCCUGACUUUCAGGGCGGCGACACGCAGCUUCCCCCCGGCCAAUCACAAGCCGGCGCUCCAACACGUGAUGCCACCCCCUAAAUUAAACCAACCAGCUGACAUGAAGAUAUUUACGAGUGAUGACUUAUAUUUACUGUAAGCCUGAGAGGAGGCUGGAAAUACAACAUGUCCGCAGCAGGGGGGCAACAUGGAAGCCAUCGCUGUGCUGCUCAUCUUCCUCCGCCUCCCGCUCUUCCUCCUCUUGAUUGAUGCUGCUCUCUUUUGACAUUUUACACUUUUGUUUUUCACCCUUGCUGCUGCCAACCAACUAAAAAAAGAAGGGAAUAAAGUGAAGGUUUUUUUUUUUUGUGUAGUGUUUAAUGUAGCCUUCCGUGGCAGCCCUAUGCAAACCUGGUCACCUUUUAACCUUUGUACAGUUUCCAUCUGCUCAUCAGUACUGAAUAAAAGGACAAUGACA